GGUAGAAGGUGCCGUGAGUUCCAACUCAUACGCCCUGUGUAUCUUUACCCUGCCCGCAGUGGGUGUUCGCUGAAUUAGUGGCCUGCAUGCAGUAAGUGCCUAGAUGGGCGGUGAAGGUCACGAGAUGAGGCACCCAGAAGCAGACGUUGGCCAGUCACGCCCCGAGUGCCGGAUAUUCUGGGAUGGCGUUAUGUAUAUGAGGAUGCUGUGGUUCGCGGAUUCGGCAGGUCUGAUGGCUCAUGCGUAUCGCGGUGCCACAGUCUGCAAGUUGUUCGUGCGUUCUGCGGCUCGCGAGCAAUCAACGGCAAUUCAACGCGAUGCUCGUUCAACAGAAACCACUGGGGAUGAGGUGGUCGGAGGUGCAUUAGAAGCAGGCGUUGGAGUUGCAUUACAUACUUUGAGACGCGGACGGAGGUUAAUGAGCUGACAAGACUGUUCGUACGACUCACCCGCG